GUUUGUUUGUGUUGCGAGGAACAGAGGAAAGGGGUGGAGAUGGAGAGAAGGAAUCCGAAAGCAGUGUUCAUGGCCUUCGGCACUAAAGGCGAUGUCUACCCUCUUGCUGCCAUUGCAGCUGCUUUUGCUGGUGACCAGAGACAAUACAGUGUGACUCUAAUAACUCAUUCAGCACAUGAGAGUUUAAGUCCUCACUUGGCUGAAAAACAUGUUGAAUACUGCCCAGUUUCAUCACCUCCAGUUCUUUGUGCUGCUGAUCAGAAUAAUUAUGAUGAAGGGAAAGCAGAAUCAUCGUUUUUCUUGCAGAAAAAGAAAAUUACGAGAGAUCAUAGACAAGAAUGCUAUUCUUUAAUUGAAAGGAUAUUUGGAGAUGGCCCAAGCAUGCAGGGCGAUCUUCUUGUGAUAAACUUUUUUGCUUUGGAAGGGUGGAGCCUUGCGGAGAGUUUUUCUAUCCGUUGCAUUGUAGCUGCACCUUAUGUUGUUCCAUACAGUGCACCUGCAACAUUUGAAAGCCAAUUCCAAAGAGAACUUCCUCUUUUAUAUAAAUAUCUGAUUGAAGCUCCUUCUGGUAAGGUCUGCUGGAAGGAUGUGAUUCAUUGGAUGUGGCCUCUUUUUACCGAAAAUUGGGGAUCAUGGAGAAAUGAUGACUUACAUCUGAGUCCAUGCCCUUUUACUGAUCCAGUUACUGGCAUUCCUACAUGGCAUGAUAGGCCACUAUCUCCUCUUGUGAUGUAUGGCUUUAGUAAAGAAGUUGUUGAAUGGCCAGCAUAUUGGCCAUCAAAAGUGCGGGUUUGUGGUUUUUGGUUUGUCCCUACUGAAUGGCAGUUCACAUGUGAGAAAUGCCGAGAAACAUCAGUAUUUGAUUCAUCAGUACAUCAAUAUGCUAAAGAUGAAUCAUGCCCCAGUCAUUUAGAGUUGCUAAACUUUAUAAAGACUAAACCAAUCUUUAUUGGGUUGAGUGCUAUUGGAAGCAUGGGUUUUCUAAAAGAUCCUCGUGCAUUUAUUUGUGUUCUUCAAAUGGUCCUGAACACCACAAAUUAUAGAUUUAUUCUCUUCACUGCUGGAUAUGAACCUUUAGAAUCAGUGGUCCGCACAAUUGCUGCUGAAGCAUCACCUGACCAGAAAAAUUGGAGUGAAGAUUGUAUCCCUCUUUGUGAUGGGCGACUUUUUUGUUUUUCUGGGUCCAUUCCAUAUGGUUGGCUUUUCCCAAAAUGUGCUGCUGUGAUUCACCAUGGAGGCAGUGGAACUACUGCUGCUGCGUUACAGGCUGGCACACCACAGGUAGUGUGCCCUUUCAUGCUAGAUCAGUUUUAUUGGGCUGAAAGAAUGUAUUGGCUUGGUAUUUCACCUGAACCACUCAGUAGACACCAUUUGCUUCCUGAUAAAAAUGAUGAUAGAAGUGUCCAAGAAGCUGCACAUGUACUAUCACUGGCGAUACAUGAUGCACUGUCAUCAAGAGUUAAAACACAGGCUAUAGAAAUUGCUGAAAGACUAUCACUUGAGGACGGUGUAUCAGAGGCAAUUAAGUGCCUCAAGGAAGAGCUAGACUUGAAUUGAAAUAUAAGGCCGUUGAAAUGUUCCAAGAAUUUGCUUGGCUUUUCUUCGCCACUGAUUCAAAAAAUGUACCAAUUCACAUACGAGCUGACUGCAUUUGAUAUUUUGGGCUUACUCUUUGAAUAGAUGCAUUCUUUCAUAUAAUCAUUCUAGUUCUCGUUAAAGUUUUAAAAUUA